CCACAUAUUCACAAAACCUCUGAAAAAAACAUACCUAGGGCUAAUUAAAAGAAAGAAGAAGCAGCUGCUGAAUCUUCUAUUCUGUGCUUUUGUUAAAAGGAUUCCCAAAGAAAAACCAUGAAGCUGAAACAACUGGAAAGCCUCUUAGGCGGUCUUCAACAGUUCUCAAACCCAAAGGUGGAGCUGGAACAGUACCCUACUGGACCUCACAUCGCCGCUGGGUUGCUCUACACGGCUGAGAAUUCAUUUGAUGAUAUUAGCAACAAGGUUGUGGCUGAUUUUGGUUGUGGAUGUGGCACUCUAGGUGCUGCUGCUGCUCUAUUGGGUGCUGAGCAGGUUAUCGGAAUUGAUAUUGAUUCUCAAUCUCUUGAAAUAGCAUCAAUGAACGCCGAGGAUCUUGAGUUGGACAUAGACUUUAUUCAGUGUGACAUCAGUAACCUAGGAUGGAGAGGUCAAAUUGUUGAUACUGUUGUGAUGAAUCCUCCAUUUGGAACUCGAAAGAAGGGUGCUGACAUGGAUUUUCUAUUUGUAGCAUUGAAGGUUGCUUCUCAAGCUGUUUAUUCAUUGCAUAAGACCUCAACAAGAGAUCAUGUGAAAAGAGUGGCCUUGAGGGACUUAAAUGCUAGCAGCGCUGAGGUCUUGUGUGAGCUCCGUUUUGAUGUUCCCCAACUAUACAAGUUUCACAAGAAAAAAGAGGUGGAUAUUGCUGUGGACCUCUGGCGAUUUGUACCCAAAAGGAGUAGGGGAAAAGACAUUUAACUGCCUGAAUGCUCAUCGAGACCAUGCUUGAAGUAUAUCUCACAUUAAACGAACAAAAAGGAUGAUCCUUUUAACUCCCCUUGAUUUUGGUACUGGAGGUGGCAGGUGUGGCUCUGUAGGAGAAACAGAUUCAGGAAUGUGACUUCAUGUAAUAGUUGAUGAGAAAUCAAGAAAGCCCUCCGGCUCCUUAUGUGUUUGCUUCGCUAUCUUAAUUUGAGACACUUUGUAAAAUCUCUAUAUAUCAAUUUUGCAGUCUCAUCUGGAUUAGGGAAACUAGCUCAGAGCUGGGGCUUUCAAUCAAAAUCUCACUCAUCCUAAA